GGCGAAGGUGAAGACAGGCGCGUGCGCAGCAGUCGGGCUCGCCAGAAAGCCGGUUCGGAGGUGGCUGUGACGCACGUAUCAUGGCAUCCAGUUCAGAAAGUCCUCUCCCUACCUAUGAGGCAGAAGACAGCCAAACCUCAAAACUAAUAAGGAAAUCCCGGGAGUCUCCAUUUGUCCCAAUAGGCAUUUCAGGUUUUGCAGCCGUGGUGGCCUAUGGGCUCUACAAGCUGAAGCACAGAGGGAACACCAAAAUGUCCGUUCAUCUGAUUCAUAUGCGUGUAGCAGCACAGGGCUUCGUGGUGGGGGCCAUGACCUGCGGUGUCCUUUAUUCCAUGUAUCAAGAAUACUGGGCCAAGCCCAAGCCCAAGCCCUAGGAAGCCAUCAGUUGAAACCUGUGUGUGCUGGUGUUCUUAUGUACUCUCUAGUGAUAGACCUCACAUGGAAAGGGCUCUGCGGUGAUAACAAGCACAAGGGAGUGGCGCUCUGUAACUCUGUCCACGUCACACACGGUGUUAACCUCUACGCUGCCUGUGUUGCUCUACAUUAAGUUGUCAGUGACUUCAAACCUGUUCUUCUCUCUGGCUUGAGUGACGCAAUCAGCUGGUGCUUCUUUCUUAAUAGCAUCCAAACCUUUUUUGCUAUGCAUCCUAGGCACUCUGUGGCUUAGAGGCCCAGAAUUUCCUCUUCAGAAGUUGUUCCUUUGCUUCGUGAAAUAAUCAAGUGAGAAAAUGUUGGUAGAGGGGUACCAAUGUUUAGCAGAACACAAAAUCUAACACUCUGAAUUCUUUAAACUCCCUUAGAACAAAUGUUGUGGACAAGUAACUCUUUCCAUAGAUUAAAUUAUUUACUAUCUUUUAUUUAUUACACAAUAUUAAAUUCUAAAACUCACUUAUUUUCACCGGAGGGCAUUGUAGUUUCUUGAAUUCUUAAUUACACACUUUGUAUUGCGUAUAUUUUAAGGAAGCUUCUGUACGGCUUGUUUGCACAGGGUGGGCUCCCCAUAUGGAAAAGCCUUGUAGUGAAAUAAUGGGGCCAAAUUAAAAACAAAGCAUGGUUCUCAACAUUGGAUGGAAAACGUGGAAUGCUGAAACCUUAGUAGUGAAACAAGAUCUGCUGGGCAGGGGAUUCAUACAUUUGGUUGUCCUCUGUCCCCACUCCCCACCCCCGUAGCUAGCCAAAAUUUUGUUGUUACCACCUUCUGAUUUUUCCCCUGAACAGGUGAGGUCUUGAUUGUCACAUCACCCCAAACCUCAAUGUUGAAGCCAGCCCCGUCUUCCUUGCCAGCUCAAAGCUGCAGGAAGAGAUGACGUCAAGAAUUCUCACCAUGCAGAGCCUUGAACUGGCUCAGAAAGCGGCAAGAUGUCUCACUGCUUCCUGAGCCUCUCUGUGGCUCAGCAUGAAGUUAGGGAGAUACGUACUUGUUAGCGGCCAAGUGAUGCUGAAUAUAUCCCGCCAAAAACUCACUCAACACUCUGUUGUCAUCCUGUUGCUCACAACUAAUAGAUGGGACUUAACAGCUGUGGCUGAAAUGGAAUUUCAGGUCUGUAAAAUUAUGUUUUCUGCCAGGCUGCCUGCAUUCCUUGAUUUUAUCAUAGUGUUCUGAAUAAUGCUAAAUAAUGCAGUGUAAAUCUAAGUCCGUGACUCUGGUUUUAUUAAAUAUAUGUACAUGAGAACAAUGGUACUCCGUCACAAA